CACUCAACACCUUCCUUCACCUCACCACUAUCCUCCACCACAUCACCCUUCACACCAACGUCCUUCCCCACAACACCAUCACCUUCCUACCUUGCACCCACCUUGGCCACUACCCCCGUACUUCACAACACCCUCUCCUUCGUUCACCCCAAACUCUUCAACAGCACUGUCACCUUCUUCUACCUCGCCAUCAUCCUCUCCACCACUGCCACUCACCAGCCAGGAAAUCCACAAGCAAGUGUUUGGACAGGUAUUGGGGCGCACAUCACGCGGAUCGAGCGCAACCAGAACAAGUCGCAGUGGAUGUUCUACUACCUGCGACGCUUCAGUGAAGAACAAGAAGGACCCCAACGAGAAAUGUUGUACUGUCAUGUGACCCUGGGCUCGGUGGGCACGGGCAAGUCCGGCAUCAGGCGGCUGCCUGAGAAGCGAGGCGGUGGCCUGCACGAUUCCGUCGGGCAGGUCCACGGGGGCAACGGCAUGUAU